GCCGCUAGCAUCGAGGGGCUCGACGGGAUAAAGAUCCGGAGGCGCCCUGUCACGGGCCCGUCCGUGCACCACGUGGGCCCGUUCCAGUUCCGCCUCGAGAACGAGGGCAACACCCCGCGCAACAUCCUCGAGAAGAUCGUAUGGGACAAGGACGUCGAGGUUUGGCAGAUGAAGGAGAAAAUGCCGCUGUACAGGCUGCUAGGUCCGCUGGGCACUGCGCCUCCCGCGAGGGACUUUGUCGCGGCGCUGAGAGCGUCGUACGAUCGGACUGCUCUGCCUGCCUUGAUCGCGGAGGUCAAGAAGGCUUCGCCCAGCCGAGGGGUUCUUAGGGAGAAUUUCGACCCGGUUGAGAUUGCUCAAGCAUACGAGAAAAAUGGAGCAGCAUGCUUAAGUGUUCUUACAGAUAGAAAGUACUUUCAGGGAAGCUUUGAAAACUUGGAGGCUAUACGCAAUGCUGGAGUAAAGUGUCCUCUUCUGUGCAAAGAGUUCAUCAUCGAUGCCUGGCAACUUUACUAUGCACGGUCGAAAGGAGCGGAUGCUGUUCUUCUGAUUGCUGCUGUGUUACCUGAUCGCGACAUCAAUUAUAUGCUGAAAAUAUGCAAAAAACUUGGCUUGGCUGCUCUAGUUGAGGUGCAUGAUGAAAGGGAAAUGGACCGUGUUCUAGGGAUAGAUGGCAUUCAGCUCAUUGGCAUCAAUAAUCGUAAUCUUGAGACUUUUGAAGUUGAUAUCUCAAACACCAAAAAGCUUUUGGAGGGUGAACGAGGACAACUUAUAGCCCAGAAGGACAUAAUUGUUGUGGGGGAAUCUGGACUGUUCACUCCUGACCAUAUUUCAUUCGUUCAGAAUGCUGGGGUCAAAGCGGUCCUAGUCGGGGAGUCCCUCAUCAAGCAGGAGGAUCCUGGGAAAGCAAUCGCUGGGCUCUUUGGUGAAGACAUCUCACCUGUGAGUAGCGCUGUGUAAAUA